UCCCGGGUCGGGCAUCAGGGUGAUACCCUGUAAUCGCGUUAGGCAAGAUACAUACUCGAUGCCAAAGUGCUGCGUAGGCUAGCAUGAUGACCGUAAUGUACCUCAUUAUCAGUGCUCCCCGAGGUAUUGGUGCCCCCCGCCCUAGGGUUCCAUCACGCCUGGGAAGCUGACGAAUUUGACGUGUCCGUAUUCUCCGGUCCUGUUUUUCUUGAAGGAAGGGGUCAUAAUUCUAUCCGAGUAUCGGGGUUCAACGCGUUUUUUCAUCGUAACUGCGGACAGAAGCUAUGGCAGGCAAGAAGGGCGGCGUGAAUGGCAAGAAAGUAGCCGGCCGGGCACGAAAAGCAGAAGCUGCCGCCAAAAAAGCCGCCGUAGAAACAGCCAAGCGUGCGGCGGAAGAGGACGCAGAGUGGGAAAAGGGUGCUAAAAACAACUCGAGGAAAGAAGCACAAGCUACCAAGAAGGCAGAGCAAGCCCGGAAAAAGGCCGAGAGAGAUGCGGCCCUUGCUGAAGAAGAAAAGAGCUUACCGAGUCGCGCGGGCCCGAAGAAUUCCAAGACAGCCAUCAAGAAAACCAAGAGAGGAGACAUCGAUGAUCUGCUAUUAUCUCAACCCAACCCCGACAAUCACGAUAACAAGAAACUUCCGUCUCUCGCGGCUUCGGGCGUCGAUAAAAGUCUACAUGUUCUAGACUUGGCUUUGGUGCCAUCGUCCGAUAUCAAAGUCGACAAGCAUCCCGAAAGGAGGGUUAAGGCAGCAUACGCCGUGUUCGAGGAGAGGAGACUUCAAGAGAUGGACGAAGAUGGGAGUGGCGCGGGAUUGCGUCUGAACCAAAAACGAACACAGAUCAAGCUCGAAUUCAACAAGAGCACAGAGAACCCAUUGAACAAUCCACUAAACUCCAAGUAUAACGCUACUAGAGGAGAAAUUGAGGAAACCAAAGAGGAGCAUAGGACGAAAGCCGAAGCUAUAUAUGCCAUCGAGUGAGAGAAGGUCGAGCACAGGCCCGUAUCUAUUGGGGGAUUCAUGCAGGGGGAAGUCCCAACAGCAAGGGAAGUGCAAUGCUACGAGUCAGAAAUGCAUGGGGAGGAGUCUGGGUUUGCCAUGCAUCAGAACCAACAGCCUAGAUCACAGGAGGAUUAUUGGAUGAUGGGGUUUUGGAUACGACACCAGGAUCCUCCUCGCCGAGGCAAUUCCAUACCUAUAUUAUUCAUACAUAUACUUAUACCUAUGAGUAUACGCAUAUACCUACACACACGUACAUCUAUACGCAGCCGUCCUACCUAGGAGAGAUCAUGUGUAUGCACGCGGUAAAAGGCAGCGAGACGAGUUAGAAUGGCUGGAAUCGACGCUCGUCAAGGGCGAUCAAGCCGAGUCGAUAUUA